AUGGGCCAAAGACUUGCUCCAGUUCUUGCCGUUUUCUUUAUGAGCAGAAUAGAACAACCGGUGAUAGAACGUCUUCCACAGAUGUACUGCCGUUAUAUCGACGAUUGUUUCAUUAUAACAUCAACACAACCCGAAAUGGACGAAUGCUUUAGAAUUCUGAAUGAGCGAUCGCAGUACAUAAAACUCACCCGAGAACAACCAAAAGAUGGUUGGCUGCCUUAUUUGAAUGCUCAAAUAAGACUAUGCAGUGGCAUUGCAAGUGUGAAAUGGUAUCGCAAGGAAAGCUCGAAAAACAUACUGAUAAACGCAAAAUCAGCCCAUCCUAAUGGCAUGAAAAAGGCAAUUAUCCGAAAUAUGGUCAAAACAGCAACAGCAAUGUGCACAGGGUAUAGAGAACGGGAGGAAUCACUAAAACUAGCCACAAGCAUAGCUAGUUCAAACGGGUACUCGAGAUUGAAAUCUAACACUCAAUCUCGACCUACGAACAACAUAUUGAGGAUCCCACGUGAAGGUAGAAUUCCUUUGUGCAUCCCCUUCGUCUCUGACUCCUUAACUGCUGCUAUACACCGGACUCUUUUGCGAGCAAACCUGUGA